CUCCUGCUUUUACCCCAGCCCUUCCCGGCUCAUUCCUCCCCAACAUAAAUCACGUAGCCUAUCUCGUAGAAAGCCUUCCAUGCCAUACCUGUUAUAUAAUAGCACGAGCCGCAACCGAUAGCUUACAACGUCCUACUUUCAUCUUUCUCCAGAACCUCAUUCUUUUCUUCCAUUGUUCUUGAUCUUUGUCUUUUGUGGCGUUGGAAAUCAUCUUUCGUCUUUACCCCACACACACAUAUAUAUAUACCGAACAAUUCUAUUGUUGUAGCCUGGUCGGCUCCCUUGUUCUCAACAAUAUACAUUUUCUGCGCGGGCCCGUCCGGCGCGACAUUACGCCGCGCCGCCCAUGGGGCUCCAGCGGUCUGCACGCAUAAUUUUGAUCGGGGCUCCUGGUGUGGGUAAAGGAACGCAGACAGAGCGUCUGCUUAAACGGUUUCCUCAGAUAUCUGCCCUCAGCUCCGGUGAUCUCCUUCGAGACAAUGUCAAGAGGCGAACUCCCCUCGGCUUGAAAGUCGAGGAAAAUCUGAAAGCUGGAGCGCUCGUCCCAGACAGCCUCAUGCUGAAUUUGAUCGCAUCUGAAUUAUCCAGUCGUAACUGGCUUCCCACAGUCGCAUCUAAAGCUGCCGACCACCCAUCACGACCCGGCGUUCGUGACUAUCACGCCUCUGCGACGGCUCCGACAGAGCCCCCACCAUCAUUUAUCUUGGAUGGAUUUCCUCGAACGUCUAGCCAGGCAAGCCAAUUGGAUGAGCUUGUCCCGAUUAAUUUGGUCGUCAAUAUAUACACACCACCGUCCGUUAUAAUCAACCGCAUCACCGACCGAUGGGUGCAUGCUCCCUCUGGUAGGGUAUAUAAUACAUCAUUUCGUGCACCAAAGGUGCCUGGAAAGGACGAUAUAACCGGUGAACCAUUGACGCGCCGGGCGGACGAUGAUCCGGACACUUGGCAAACACGUCUCAAGAAUUUUGAAGAGACAAGCCGCCCGCUGUUGGAUUAUUAUCAGCGCAGAGGGUUGCUGUGGACUGUAGAGGGCCAGAGCAGUGAUGAAAUCAGUCCAAAAUUGUUCGCCGAACUUCUGAAGCGGUUCGGCACACCGCAAUGAUUCGGGACCUGUAUGAAUGAAAAUUAGACGGAAGGUGCCAUAGGCAGUUGCUAUAUCGGCACUUGCGCACUUAGACCGUUCUUCAAGGCGUUCUUUAGGAGGCCUUGGGAUUUCAUAUCAUUGGCCUAGGAUUUGAUAGGUCUUUUGCAAUUGCGCAUUUUUGUUAUACUGCUCCUUUCUCGAAAUGUUUUUUGGUAGCGCUUGCGAAUGUUUACGACAAGGCCAGCAGUGGCUCAAACACUCUCUAUACACUGUAGUAAUAACGAAAGCGUCACGGUGAAACCUUUCCCUGUACGAAGUAUUAAUAGUUUUUUAACCACUAUCACUGCAAGUCAAUUCAAAAAAAAAUUGAAAGUCAUUUGAAAGAAGGAGAAAAUAUAAAGUUCAAUUUGAAUCUUUUGUAUAUUUUAUACAUGUUCAAACACAUGAACAAGAGGCAAAA